AUGACGAGCAGGAAAGAAGCGACUCACGAGGAGAUGGAGAACGCGUUGGCUUCGUGGCUAUUGGCUGAGAGAAGCCCGCGGCUGUAUUACUUUGACUUCAUUCAAGUUCCUGUGAAGGAGCCUGAGUGCGGCAGUGAAAUGACUCACUCUGAGUACUAUAUCAAGGAGCCUCUUGACGACUACAAUGUUCUUUCACGAAUCUACGGCUUUCAGAAAGUGGUGGCGGAUGAAACCAACUUGGCCUUUAUUGCCCACACUGCUUUUGGACUGGGUAUCAUACACACGCCGACGCUACCAGAACUGUACGCAUUCAAGGGUAGGGUGCUCAAGCGAUGCGGGGACCCGUUCGGCGCCGCGCUCUGCCUGGACGAGUCUCGGGUGCUGGACCUUCAAGAUCGCUUCCUGAACACGAAGUGCGCGAAGUACCGGCUCAGGGCGGGGUUCGUUGACGAGGCCAGUGAGAUCCUGGGGUUGUUCACCAAGAAAGAUGCCGCAAGUCCUGGUGCCGAUUUGGAGGACAUGCAGUCUCUCCUUUAUCUCAGCGAAGAGGCCGACUCGCACCUGCGGAAGGGUAACCUCGGCGCGGCGCUGAAGAAGUACUUGGUCGUUCAAAAAGUGUUCAACGAGUUUGAGGAUGACCAGUUUGACUUCCACGGAUAUUCGCUCAGGAGAUUUACCAUCAACGUCUACCUCGACAUGAUCUCAUGGGAAGAUCGGCUGCGAUCCCAUCCUGCGUACAUUCAUACAGCCAUUAAUGCAUCUAAGAUAUGGGUGCAGCUGUAUGACGACCCCUCAAUAGCAAAGUCGAAAUCCGCAGGAGCCGUUGUCAGCGAUGCGGAGAAAAAGGCCAAGAACAAGGCCAAGAAGGCAGCGAAGAAGAUUCAGGAGGAAGUCAAGAAGGCCACGACGACAACAUCGGGCGAAGAUAAGGGGCUGGAGCCACAGCCAGCGAAGGAUGACGAUCCGAACGGCGACAAGCUCUUGCAGGCGUCAGAUCCCCUCGAGCGAGCUGCGAAGUUGGUGGCGCCACUACGCACGCUUGCUGCAAACAACGUCGACGCGUGGAUAGCCACCUACGACGUGGCGGUGCGACAUAAGAAAUACCUGCAGGCAGUGAAGGCUCUCAACAGCGCGCAUGCCCUUGACGCGGAGCACCCGGAGCUGCACCUUCGUCUGGCACACUUCAGACAUACACUCUCUUCCGCAUCGCAACUACCGCCGGAGCCCAUGGGCCCGGUCGUGAAGGAUGCGCUGGCAAAACUGCUCCCGGACGAACUAUCCUUGGAACAUUUCAACGCGCAAUAUCAGCAGAAGCACUCUUCGAGCGGCAAGGCGAUACUCGCCUCCGCCAAGGUCUCGCGAUUGCUGAGUGCGCCUGUGGAGCAGAUCGAAGGCUCUGUCUUCGGCGUGUUCAACCUGGACGUGUCGCUUGAUAUCAAGACUGCGCUCGACGCGUUCGCUUUCCUGAAGGUGGUCGGUUCAUCAAGGGUGGAGGAGUUCAGGACAGCGUGCGACGGCAGGUUCGCGCGGUCCACCGUGUUCAAGUCGCCCGCCGCGCAGGCCGCGCUGCGGUGGAACGCUGCGGAGACGGACGCGGUGAACGGAGGGGUGGACAAGCCCGAGGUCGCCGGCUGAUGAUGUGUUGCAUGAUCUUGUACGUUUACCGGUGUCGUGCUGGCACUGUCGCCUUUGCAGUAUAUGCUUUCGUCACAUCCGACGCCCACCGCGUUCAGGUCGGUGCGCGCACGACUGAUGUGUGCCCACCGUGCGGGUGGAGGUUCAUGUCGACGCAAUACAGUAGUCGGGGAUUGGACCACCACGUCCCGAAAGAGGGUAAAUAUACUGACCAGCGUACCGAUUUUGCGCACUAGUGUCAAACCAUCGAAGCGUCCUUCCCCCGUUACUGUAGCCGAUCUAUCGUCCAACCCCGCC